UGAACAUGGGAACGAGAGAAGAAGAGGUUGUGGAAAUUGACAGCUUGGAGAAGAGUUUGUUGGAACAGAAUGAGAGAGACGUACAAGUAGAAGAAGAAGAAGAAACAGCGUUGUAUGCGGCGUCGUUUCAAGAGAUGGAACAGAAUUUCGUUAAGUAUCACACGAUGCAAUGGGUGCUUUACUCUCUGUUGCUGAUAUUAGCAUGGGGCAUUGGUCUUCUCAUGUUGCUUUACCUUCCAAUCAGAAGGUUCAUACUUAGAAAGGACAUUCUCUCCAGAACCCUCUAUCUCACUCCAACUGCUAUUGUAUAUAAGGUUACUAGGCCUGUACCAUUUCCAUGUUUUGGGGUACUGAAGAAAGAGAAGCAUGUUUUAUUACAUUCUGUGGCUGAUGUUGUGGUUGAACAAGGAUACUUGCAAUCGCUUUAUGGUGUACAUUCUCUUAGAAUUGAAAAUGUUGGAGUUAGAAGACCACCCAGUGACGAUGUUAAAAUCCUGGGCAUUUCUGAUCCAAAUGCUUUCAGGAAGGCUGUUAUGAUGCGCUUAUCAAAUAUGAGAAAUGAGAUUUCGUCAAGACAUGUUUCUACAGUAGAAGAUGUUCCACAUUUGAUGAUGUCUCCAUCAAAGUCAUUGAGAUAUGAUACUACUCCAUCUGGGGAGCUGCUACUACUGCAGAAACUAGAGGAAGUUGGAAGCUCUGUCAAGAGAAUACAGACUUUAUUUGAGGAGCAACAAUCUCAAACAACAGAAUCCAUAGAUUGAGGGAGUGGAUUCACGUUAUAAUGAUCAAUAUCUCUUCCAUAAAAGUUCAGAUCCAACAAAAAUUAGUGCCACUUUGUCUGCAGCCCCUGGAAGUGCAAGUUGACACUCCGAGCAAUAUAGUUAGCUAUUGUUUGUAUCUUGUAGCAUUCAAGUGCGCCUUGUAUUUUGUGUAAUAUUCUUUUUCUUUUUCUUUUUAAAAAAAGAGAGUAGAAGUUGUAUAUCUUGGGUUUUAAUGCUGCUUAAACGUAUCUAUCUUGCCACUAAU